GAUCAGUCUGAUCAGUCUCCCGGUGGCCCUCGAAGCGAUCGUUAGUGGAAUUGAACGGCUUGUGCUGUAGGAAUGAAGUCGAUCGGAGUUAUACUUUUGAUAGUUGGUUUAUGCGGUCGGGGCUCCUACACUCAGGAUGCUCCCGAGGAAUUCGAUGCCAUGAAAUGCCCAGGAGGUUACUGUGUUCAGAAACACCUUUGCGUAAACGGCUCAAUCGAAUUAGAAGGUGAAGGUCUCAUAGAUGAAAGAUUCGGUGCCGAAAUUGAGCCGAUUCCCGUGAAAUUAGAGGAGGAAGAUGAUGAAUGCGAACACUACUUAAUGAAAUGCUGUUCAAUUACGACGAAUAAAACAAAAAAGGAGGUUCCUCAGGAAGAACCCACGGAAGCUUCACAAGAGCAAACACCUUUGCCACCAAGCUGUGGUCUAGGUUAUGAAAAUGGUUAUAAGUAUCAUCUGGCAGAUUCAACGGGGGCACAGUUCGCCGAGUUUCCAUGGAUGGUGGCACUCAUGCAUAAUACGGAAGUACUGGAUGAAAAAAGAUUGGUCUAUUUCUGUGCUGGAUCGUUAAUUCAUCCACAAGUCGUCCUGACAGCGGCCCAUUGUUUGCGAGAGAGGACCCAACCAGAAGAUCUGGUUGCCAGGCUCGGUGAGUGGGACACGGCCACUGAGAACGAACCCCUCAAACAUCAGCAUUUCAACGUGAAGAAAGUUAUUGUCCAUGAACAUUUCGUGCCAGCGAAAUAUCAUAACGAUAUAGCGCUAUUGAUUCUGGAAAACCCAGCUGAGCUAUCUCCACACAUCAGGACCAUAUGUCUUCCUAAUGGAGAUGAAUCGUUUGACGAUGGCCGGUGUAAAGCCGCAGGUUGGGGUAAGAAGGAAUUUCACGCCCAGGGAAAGUACGCCGAAGUGAUGAAGAAGGUUGAACUUCCUAUCGUUCCAAGAAAGAAAUGUAUUCAGCAAUUACGAAAAACUAGACUCGGUGCGUUUUAUCAGUUGCAUUCCAGCUUCAUAUGUGCUGGCGGGGAAGAGGGUAUCGAUACAUGCAAAGGAGACGGAGGAGCUCCACUUGCAUGUCCCCGUGGGAACGGCGAAUACGUCCAGACCGGUAUAGUAGCAUGGGGCAUUGGCUGCGGAGGAAAAGAUGUACCCGGGGUUUACGUUAAGGUGUCCAACUUUGUAGAAUGGAUUGAGAACCAUCUUCAGCAGGAAGGUGUCGAAUAAUGUUAUCGAGUGAAUCUCUGGUACGAAUAUUGUGUUUAAAUGAAUUGACGAAAUAUAUCAAAUCGAGAACCAUAUGAGAA